AUGGAGCUAUCAAAGUUUCAGAAACACUGUGGAAUUUAUACAUGUGAAAAGCCUUACAAGUGUGGUAAAUGUGGUAAAUGUUUUACAACAAAUCAUUUUUUAAACAACCACAUUAGAAUUCACACAGAUGAAUUACCGUACAGGUGUGAUAAAUGUGGUAAAUCUUUUGCAUUGAAGAGCAGUCUGCUGAACCACUUUAUAAUGCAUGCUCAACGUCAUAAGUGUGAUAAAUGUGGUAAAUUUUUCACACAAAGUAAAAGUUUACAGAAACACCAAGCAAUCCAUACUGGUGAAAAACCUUUCAUGUGUGAAAAAUGUGGUAAAUGUUUUAAACUCGUGGACUAUUUACAGAACCACUGUAAAAUUCAUUUAGGAGAAAAGCCUUACAACUGUAAGAAAGGUGAUAAGUUUUUCACUCACAUUAAAUCUGUACAGGAACACCAUAGAAUCCAUUACGGUGAAAAGCCUUACAUGUGUGACAAAUGUGGUAAAUGUUUUGUAAGGCUGACCAAUUUACAGAACCACUGUUAA